AUGACGCCAGCUCUCCAAGCCCACCCCCGAGCCCCGCGAUCCCGAGCGGCUUCGGAUCAUAUUGAAAGUUCCAACUCUACUGCCAAUCUAUUUAUUGGCGGGACUCGCCGGACGUGGAUGCCAUCUUCCUCGCAACUACAGACCGGGCCCCAGCUGGGCACGCGAGCUAUGUGUCCUCCAAACUCAAUCCGAUCUGCCGGAAGAGAUCCUUCUCAGGAACCGCGCCCGUUGCCCCCCACCGACACCACCGACACCACAGAAUCCACAGAAUCCACAGAACCCACAGAAUCCACAGGACCCACACUCUCUACACCCGCAUCGCAUUCUUUGCAGCCUUCGCACCCUCACCAGCCCAUACAACCUUCAGAACCUACAGGUCCUGUCUUGACCUCUCCCGAACUCCUCGAUGAACCGAUCCAAACCCCCGUUGCACCACAGCACCUUCUCCCAGUGACAUCUACCAACAAGCCAGACCCACCAAUCGCCGCCCUGCCAUCACCCGUCCUAAGUACAGCUUCUCACCCAAGCCCGGUUCCUUUCCGCCGUCCACCCGUUCCUGUUCCCGUUGUGGCUACGGUGACGGCGACGGCAUCCCCGGUCUCUAACGGUCCCAUAACUGUAUCCUCGCCAAAGAGCCAUGAAAAUAACGGCGGCCCCGGGGAACGGACGAUUCAGCUGCCAACACCGAUGACCCCGGGGCAAUUCGUCCACACAAGUCCAUUGAUGACCACGGCGCACUCAAAUCACCGCUCAAAUGUAUACACACCCGACAAAGCUGAUAGGCAAAAUCCGGGACCUGUGUCUGUGACUGCGGCGGGCCUUGCCCAACACCUGUCCCGCUCUUCCCCCCAGAGUGACAGUCCAAUCGCGUCGGAGACCACAUUGUUACCGGUCAAUACCUCGAUACCCGCCCAGGAGACCAGGAAUGGUACGCACCCUCAGUUGUCUUCUCAGGAGGUGAUCCCACAGCCAAGUAAAGAAACAUGGGAUGGAUGGAAAUCCCGACUGGACCAAAUUCGAGCCCAAACAGAGAAAUGGCCCCGAAACGGGAUCCUGUUUCCUAGAAUUUCCUUGCUGAUGGAUGCUUGUAUUUGCCAAGAUAGCGUCUACUUGGUGUUACACCAGCUCUACUGUCAAAUGUCAGUGGAUGAAGCGUCGCCGUCACCGGCACCGUUGUCUGGCAUGUCGUUCUUCCAGGACGGCGAUUGCCAGCGGGGACUUCGAAUGUUACAAGUUCUACUGGAAAAAAACCAAAUGCUAUCGAUAACCAUAUUGCAAAUCUUUAGUCAGUUCCCUCAGCCCCUAGAGUCUUCUACGCAAGAGCCGUGGUACCAAGCGAAAGCGUAUGAGGUGAAGCGUUGCCUUCGACGACUUGGAAGGGGCGUGUAUAUCACCAACGGGUUCCGCUCGGAGAUCACACAGCGUGGCUUUCCACCGUUGGUACACGAACUGCAACAAGAGUAUGAAGUGUCGUCGCCUGUGCUCCUGAGUGUGUAUUUUGCCUCCAUCUGUCGAGGUAUAUACGAUCACAGCACAUACCUGCCAAGAUUGGUUCAAUUGUUUCAGAGGAACCUAUUCAUAUCGACGCAACCGGACCAACGAGAGCUGCAGAGGUUGGUAGAGGAAUAUCGAAAGAUACCAAUGCUGGCUCACGAGCCGCAACCGCAUCCCUCGGCGGCCCCGAAGCCUCUGGGUCCACCUCAAGGCCCGAGCACCCACCCGGCAGUGCAGGCUCAUAUGUCCCUCUCUCUGUCGCCCACCGACGAACAACAUGCCCUGGCAAGUCCCGUACGACAUCCUCAAGGGGCCCGACCACCGGUUUCGAACCAGACCCUCAACGCCCCACCAAAUAUUUCUGUUAAUCUCCAGACUACGCUGCCAGUGGCUCAGCAUUUGGAACCUACUUCACAGCUACAGCAGCCCGCAGGGAAGCCGUUGCCACGGGGACAUUGUGGCCAGAAGCCACAAGGGAACCAAUUUAUCUUUUAUCAGCAUUCACCCGAAGCACAGGCGCAGUCAUCACCUGCACAAUCUGUACCAGUGCAAGCCCCGACACAUCCUCACCAGCCAAUUUCUCCGCAAUUUUCGCGACUUCAGGAACUUCCGAAUGGACGCGUAUACUUGGCCCACCCGAGUCAGGCCAGCCCGGGCCAACGGAUUGAGAUGACUUAUCCAUCCAUGCAGUCUUCACCAACAGGCCCUACCCUUAUGACAAGCCAAGUGGCACAGUUUCAGCAGGCAUCUCAGCAAUCGAGGCCCGCUGUUCCUCAGAUCCCAAGCCUGUGGGCGGCAAACCAGGUGGCCCCACGAUCCCGAAAUAGACUGCCAGAAGAAGAACAAGCUUUGCGGGGACAACCGAUCUCUGCACCACAUGUUCAAGUUCUUCAAACCCAGAAUGCCCACCCCUCUUUGGCUGGCACUCCGUUGCUUCCACCCUCUGGCUAUAAAAUGCCGCAAACUGUGCACCCAGUUCCAAUGCGACUUGGCCUGCACCUGGCUGAUCUUCGUGAUCCAUUCAAGAAGCUGAUGAAACGAUUGGAUAAUGGAACAAUGGUGGAUACUGAGUUGUACCAAUAUCUUGGUGGGCAUAUGUUGACCCCGACUUUUAUUGAUCCAGACACUUUCAGCUAUAGCUGGAAUUUUCGUCUGAAUUCUCAGGACUGCCAGCGAUUUCCACGAUAUGUAGAGACAGACAAAGGAAAACGUGCGGAGCGAACAUAUCAGGGAGGCUGUCGAGUACUCCGUUUGCGGUCCAUCGCCUUAAAUCCAUCCGAGGAAGGCAAUCAGCAGCGUCUGUGGCCAACCACAAACACUACCUGGCCUAGUGUGUUCUAUGUGUUUGUCAACGAUACUGAAUUGUUCGUGCGCCGCAAAGUCUACAAUGGAAAAGACCUUCCCCUGGAUAUCACCAAUUAUCUCCACGAGGGUGAUAACAAAAUCACAAUACAUCUUCUUCUUGGCCCUGGUGAGUGUCGCAAGUUUCAUUACGUCUUCGGCAUCGAAGUCAUGGAAAUUGCUUCGCUUGAGGAUGUCCGUGCUCUGAUGCACACCGUUCCCGCCAGCGAAACACGCAAGAAUAUCCAGAAACGACUUAAUCCAACUAUCGACGGCGAUGAUCUUGCUCUCGUCACGGACAGCAUAAAUGUCAGCAUUCUCGACCCUUUCACAGCGCAGACAUUUAUCAUUCCCGUGCGCUCCGCCCACUGUGAUCACCUGGAGUGUUUCGACCUCGAGACCUUCCUCGAGACGCGCAAAUCUAAAUCGGGUCCGGCCCCGAUGAACGAGAACUGGCGGUGCCCGAUCUGCAAUGCCGAUGCUCGUCCUCAAUCUCUCAUUGAAGACCGUUUUUUCACUGAAAUGCGUGACGAGCUUGUGAGUUCCGGUCGACUGGCUGGUGCAUCAGCUAUCCAGAUCCGCGCCGAUGGGUCUUGGUCACUCGCGGUUGUUAGGGACGAGUCUACUUGCAGCCCGACUCUGAGAUCCUCCUCUACCUCCACAACAGGGAAACGCAAGGCGACAGAACCCCCUGAUGACGUGCAGGUGUUGCCACGCAAGGCUACAGAGCCUUUCCCGGUGAUCCGAACAACCGAGACGAUUGUCAUCGAGAUUGACUAA